UGACGUUGAAUGGCUUUGUGUGAUUGUCAGUGCAUAUGUGAAAAUCUCAGGGAAAAUCGUGAAAAUGGAUUUGGCAGCUAUACGGGAGGCUCGCCGAAAGAAAAUUCUGGAAAAUAGUGCAAACAGACUGGGAAAGAUCACCGGAAGACCACCACAAGAAAACAGUCCUCCGCAACGUGCGGUUCCACAAGUCAAUGGAGAAAUUUACCCAGAUCCCGAACUUGAGCCCACUGAGGAGUUCAUGCCCAGAUUUUUCGGUGCCAAUGCACAGAAUGAGGAUAUUUUGCACCUGCUCAACUCCACACGACCGGGCGCAAAUGCAAAUCCGCCAGGAAAGAGGUGGUCUGAGCCUCCGCAGAAUUUCUUGAGUCGAAUCCUCGGUACAAAAGUUCACAUCGCAUUUAUCGGAAUAUUUGUGUACAUGUUGUUUUCCACUGGCAAUGAACACAUCGUGGCCGGAAACGUCUUCCUGCCACUCAUACUGUGGGAACUUGCAGACUUCCUGGUUAUGAAGAACUACCAAAGUCGCAGCAGUGUUUCCUCUAUAGUCUUCAUCAUCAGUUGCAUACCAACGCUGACCAGCACUGUGUGGAUUUUCGAGAAGGUGUACAAAGUCCUCCAGGAUGUGUCGAUCUUCACCAGCUUCUUUGUGAUGAGCCACUUAUUCUGGCAUAAAUUCAUCCUCGGGUCGGAUCUGGUGAGCCUCCUGGACUAUCCGCCACCAUUCGAGCGACUAUGACGAGGACUAUGACACUUUAUGUAUUUAAUCGCUUUUUAAUUCAAACUGUUUCGUCUUAAACAUACUAAAGAAUUAGAGGGAUGUCGGGAAGUGGUUGCAAAAUA